AUGGUCACCCAAGAUGAUUUCCCCACAGCAAGCGCGGUAGAUGAAAUCGUCUCCCUAACUAGAGUAGCUAGUGUAGAGGCCGCGGCUGACGCGCUAUACGCGCACGCGGAUCUCGUGUCUGCCAUUCUAGUUGCGUUGGCAAAGCGUAUACCACACGAUCAGCAAUCCAAGCUUGUUGAUUUUACUGUUCGCCUAGGGAAUACCACCGUGCCUGAUCCGACAGGGGAGGGAGUGCUGUUCCUCAGAGAUGGUGUUGAUAUGAUACCAUUUUGGUCGGGCAUGCCUAGAUUCUCUAUAAACCUAGCUGAAGAAUGGCUGAAAGGUCCUGGUAUUGAUCCCGAAGAAACACUGAAAAAUCUUGACUGGGGAAAUUUAGUAGCCUUCUACGCCCAGCUCUCAGAGGCCAAAUUCUGGCGCCUUUUCGAGCAGACUGGCUGGAACCAUGGCCACUUAACACAACUGUUCGAAGAAGACGUAAUAAGGCAGGACGUGGUGGUGGCCUGUAUGUGGUUGAUUCAUGCGCCUAAGAAGAUCUGGACCGAUAUCCAGCGGCGUCGCAAGCACCUCAAGGAGAUUUUCGAGCUAGACUUAUGGUCGAGGUGGAAGAAGUACCUGCAGGAUUAUCAGCAGAAACUCGUGGAUGACGGUUCAGAUGAGGAAUUACAGAGCCUUAUUAGCGGCUCUCUAGAUAGCAUGAACACAACUGAAGCUGAGCUAGGGAAAUAA